UAGCACAACUCCCUCCUAUAUAGCUGCAGCAUCCGACCCACCUCUUUCAGAUCGUCACAACAAAAAUGCAGCUCUGUACAGCCGCUCCCCAAGCUGUCUCCAACCUCCCUAACCGCGGCCACCGCCGCCACAACCGCCAUCUCAUCACAGACUCCACCACCAACCUCAGCUCGAAACCCUCACUCCUUCACAGACAAAUCCCAUGCUCACUCAAAUCUCUCCGGCUUCACUCUCGAUUGCUUUUGGCGAGAGCAGCAACAUCAGAAGAAACUCCAAGUGGGCCCAAUCCUUAUGCUGCCGAAGAGCGCGGCGGUGGCGGCGUAUCCUUGGAGGAUGUUGUGCCCCCUGAAAAGAAUCUGUACAAUCAAACUUGGACUGAAGAAGAAGUUAAAGAAGAUGCAAAUGCGGACGCGGGUGGCCAAAUGCAGAUAUUCGAUUAUUUCAGUAACCUCGACUUAAAGUUGGAUAGUGAUGAUACGUACAACCUUUUGCUAUAUGGUGGUGGUGCCUUGUUUGCCUUGUGGUUAGCAUCAGCUGUCGUUGGAGCUAUUGAUUCUAUUCCGUUGUUCCCGAAGUUGCUGGAAGUAGUCGGUCUUGGAUACACCGUCUGGUUUAGCUCUCGUUAUCUGAUAUUCAAGUGUCAUAUCAAGAUGAGAGUGAUGUUCGAUGUUGCUGAAGUUGGUGAUCUCUCUUCAUCUCUCUGUGAGACUACUUGUGUUAAUGUUGCAUCGAUGAUCGAUAUAAUCCCGACAGUCUAGCGACUUAGACGACGCCCUAAAUUGGUACUCCCAGUAGAUGAUGGUGAAGUGUCGACAGAAGAUGCGGCUCGUAUUGCAAUGUUAAUGUCGAGGUUUGUGGCAACCAUAAUUUAGGCAAAGAAGGUGACCGAAUGUAAUAAUACGAACGGGUGACCCGUUAUUGCCUAAUAUAUUUGAAUAUGUGCUUUGGAAUAUUGCCUAAUGUAAAAAAUAAAAAAUAAAUUGUUAACGGGUGACCCGUA